CGUUUCCAAUUUUUCGUGAGGAUGUUUAAACUGGGUGAGAAUAAGGAGAAGAUGAUGAUGAUAAGGGACAUGAAGAGAAAUAGUGAACUUGAAACUUUAUUGAAUGAGAUCCCUCAAGCUCCUGCGUUUCUCAAUCUUCAACACCAUUCACAAAUGAGCAGAGUUUCUCCUUCUCCUUCAAGCUCUUUCUCUAAUGGGUUUUCUUCUCCUGAAGAAAGUUCACCGUUUGAAGAACAACAGCACCAACAACAACACAAGUUUCAUCUUAGUGGACUCUGGUUGGAUUCUAAAUCAUCACCUGAUUCUCAUUAUAGAAAUAAGAAUGUCAAUGAAAAAAAGUUGGUCGAUGAUGGUUUUGGUUUGUGUGAGAAUCUAUAUCAAAUGCAUAUUAGAGAUGAAGAAAGAGAAAGAGAUAUUUCUGGUCAAAUGAGGAGAUUUGAGAGGGACCCAGACGAUUUUGGCUUUAGUUUUGGUGAUGUUUCUUCUUAUAAUGUGGAAAAAUAUGGUUCAUAUGAAGGUUUUAACAAAGAGUUUCAAUCUUCUCCACAACAGGUUUCUUUGUGUUUUGAUGGCGAUGACCUCAGGUCCACAUUGCUUGGUUUGCAGGGUGGAUAUGAAAAGGGUGAUUCAUUGGGGUCUUACACUAGUAGUUACAAUCAGUCGAAUGGUUUGUCUUCAAAAUCUAGUUGGCAAAAUAACCCAAGAAACUAUCUUUUGGAGCAGAGAGUCGACCAGGUUACGAGUAUGGAUAAUAGGGGAGUUCUGUUACAGAAUGCUUUCAGUACGAGGCCCUGCCUUGAUAAUCCUUUUGUUUGCUCACAGCAAUGUCGAAUGGAUGGUAAUGUAGGUAGAGCUGCCAUUGAUUCUUUGAGUUCUCCCAGGUUCUUGCACAGUAAGAUUCCUGUUGAAGAGAAUGUAGAGGAUAGUGUCAUCAUUCAAGGAAAGGAUUUGAAGUAUGGUAUUACGAACAAGGUACAUGAUUCAUUUAAGUGUCAUAAGAAAAAGUCUCUCAAAGAGAUUGCAAUGCAAAACCUCCAAGAGAAAAGCUCUAAGCUUGGUAAAAUUCUUGGAGAAAAUGUGACACUGAUGCCAAGUCCGUAUUCCUUGGCUGAGUUUCAAGGUUGUAUAUUUUACAUGGCUAAGGACCAGAAUGGUUGUCGGUUCUUACAAAGGAUAUUUGAUGAAGGAAGCUGCUUAGAUGUGCAAAUAAUAUUCAAUGAGAUUAAUGAUAACAUUGUUGAACUUAUGAUGGAUCCCUUUGGAAACUACCUUGUGCAAAAGUUGCUUGAUGUAUGUACUGAAGAACAAAGACUGCAGAUUGUGCUCAUGGUGACCAAAGAAGCAGGGCAGCUUGUGAGGAUUUCCUUAAACACAUAUGGUACACGUGUCGUACAGAAGCUGAUUGAGACUCUCAAAUCCAGACAACAGAUUUCUCUUGUUAAAUCUGCUCUUAAACCUGGAAUUCUUGAUCUUAUCAAAGAUCUCAAUGGAAAUCAUGUGCUGCAGCGCUGCUUGCAAUGCCUUGACAAUGAAGAUAAUAAGAUUAUUUUUGAUGCUGCCGCAAAAUUUUGCGUAGAUAUUGCUACUCAUCGUCAUGGAUGCUGUGUGUUGCAACGCUGCAUUGCUCAUUCCAAUGGGCAACAUCGAGAUAAGCUAAUUACCCAAAUUUCCAGAAAUGGGCUUCUUCUGGCACAAGAUCCUUUUGGAAAUUAUGUUGUUCAAUACAUUAUAGAGUUAAAGGUUCCCUCUGCCAUUGGGAACUUGCUUUCUCAGUUCAAAGGGCACUAUGUUCAGCUCUCAAUGCAGAAAUUUAGCAGUCAUGUGGUUGAAAAAUGCCUCAAGCAUUUUUCAGAAAGUCGGUCACAAAUCAUCCGUGAGUUAAUCUCUGUUGGCCACUUUGAACAUUUAUUGCAAGAUCCAUUUGCCAACUAUGUCAUUCAAUCUGCUUUAGCAGUAACCAAGGGUCCUCUUCAUGCUUCUCUAGUUGAAGCUGUCAGACCCCACACGAUCUUGCGUACCAGUCCAUAUUGCAAGAGAAUUUUCUCACGGAACCUCCUUAAAAAAUGAUGGAGUCAAUUUGCCGGUGUUGUUGUGCUUCCAAAGUUGCUAGCUGUUCAUUACAAAUAAGCAAUCAUGUCCUUGGAUUACUAGAUAUAGAAUGUACAUGGAAUUCUGAUGCUGCUGUCCUGAUGGAAGGCUUACAGCUUCAGAUGAGUGGUUGACUUUCGUGACUCUCCAGGACGUAGAAGAAAAUUUUGCUUCUAGUUGUUAAUUAUGUAGUAGCAACUUGUAUUAUUCUGUUGUCUUCUUGUUGUCUUGUCGAUCCAAACUUUGGAUGUAUGAUAUUUUAUUACGUUUAAGAUUGUGAAUUUCUGCGCAAA